AUGUUAAUAACUAAAGCUUAUCGUACAACUAGUAACGCAAGUCUACAGGUCAUUGCAAGGAAACCACCUCUGGAUCUAUACAUUGAACAAAGAAACAAAAUACAGCAAGUUAAAAAGGGAGAAACUAUACAAAUAGAUUCUAUAUAUAUUACUCAUGACGAGGUUGAAUGGACAUAUCCCUUCAGUGAAAUCAGUACUUAUAGUAUCUCAAUGGAACACGAUAAUUCAGAUACGAAUAAUCGAACAUUGGUUAUUUACACUGAUGGAUCCAGACAUGAUGGCAAAGUUGGCUCCUCCUUUGUUGUUUAUGAAAAUAAUGUCGAAGUUUAUAAUCAAUCUAUACGUCUACAUGAAAGAUGUACUAUCUUUCAAGCAGAACUUUAUGCUAUUAAAAAGGCAAUUACGUGGACUAUACAAACCCAGAAUAAUGAGACAAUAAUUUUAUAUACGGACUCACGUUCGGCAUAUAACAUUAUUUAUAGUAAUAAGUUACACCAUCUAGCAGAAGAUAUACGAAAUUUAAUACGCCAUGCAACGUGUAAUAUUAAAAUACACUGGGUCAAAGCGCACCAAGGCGUUACUGGAAAUGAAAGAGCCGAUAUGCUAGCCAAAUAUGCUGCUGAGAAUACAGCGCUACCUAUUGAAUACGAUAAACUCAGUGUUAACACCUUAAAGAAAAUAAUUUGGGAAGAGACUAUAAAGAUAUGGCAGCAACAAUGGGAUCAAAACAGUUCCCAUAUCACCUAUAAAUUUAUUCCAGAUUUGAAACACUUUUAUUCAAUUAAGUAUUUUUAUCCUAGUCACAUCACAAGUCAAAUAUUUACCAACCAUGGAAAAUUUGCCUCAUAUUUAACUCGAUUUACAUCUAGAAAUGACGAUACUUGUCCUACUUGUCAUAUAACUGACGGUUCAGAACACUAUUUCUACGACUGUGUUAUGUUCUGCAGAGAGAGAUUGGAAAUGAGGAUCUUUAUGGACGAACAAGGCAUUAACUGGCCAUGCAAACUUUCUGAUAUAUGGGCUAAUCAGGACAUUUACAAUGCCUUUAAUAAACUAGCAGAUAGCAUCUAUAAGAUUACAAAUCAGAUUAUACGUAACUAA